UCGGCCAGAACCGUCGAAAAAACGCGACCGGCCAACCGUCCGGGCCAGGCGCCGUGUCAAUCUCCCAUCCCUUUUGCCCCCCCUCCCCUGCCUCCUCACCUUGCCUUUGAGUCGGACGCAAUGUUCUAUGAUCUGUUCCAUCUCUGUUCUCCUCGUCAAGGGGAGGGGAUGCGGCCAAUGACAGGGAGAAGGAGCAGGCCGUCGAGGAGUGCAAGCAGAAGCUUUCCGGUGACUGGAAGUCUGAAAAUCAAGACAGGGCAUAUUGUUUUGGUUAUGAGUGGUUGGAGAUAUUGUGGCUUGAUGUCCCUAGAGCAGUCGGACCCUUCCAAGAUAUGUGCUAAAAUCCUAGGUGUCAAGGGCAUUGUGGUGGUGCGAUCCAUGUCUCCUGCGAGCGCUCGGCAUGGCGUCCAUAGCCCCAAAGAGCAGGGCUUCAAGGCUGGACAACAAGCUUCACUUGAUGAAAGCAUUUCCCUUCUAAAACAGAGUACUGCUGAGAUUAAUGCACAAGAUGUGUGCAGAUCGAACGAAGAAGAGAAGAGGAAGGAUCUUGAGGAAGAGGGAAAAACAAGGCAAUGGGACUGUUGACCGGGUACAAGAGCUUCUUCAGAAAACCCAUGCUGCUUUUCUAAAUCGCAAUUUUGUUCAAGGCUAACAAUGAAAAUUUUAUCUGUAAAAUAUGGUGAUCCCUAUAGUGGUAUUUCUGAAGCUUCGAUGUGCUUGCUUUCCCCCCAACAAGCAGUAAUCCAAUCACGGGUGCAUCAGGUGCUAUAUCAUGUCUAUGUGGAUUUCCACAAUGACACUACCUCCAACUUUCUCAUUUCCCCAGCUCUGCAUACAAGUUCCAAACUAGGCAUGCCAGUCUUGUUAUCACUUGUUCAGUCGCGUUCUGGUUUAUGCCUUUUCACCUGCAUGUAGUGAGGCAGUGUGUGGAAUUUAGGUGCUGGUUUGAACAAAUUACAAUGAUGUAGUCCUGCAGACCAGUACAGGUCACCGGCUUUAUAUUGUGGUCAGCGUGUUGUAAGUACUUUGGGAAACAAGUUCUGGGGCAAGUUUAUCUGCUUGCUCAUGCAUUUUAAUACUUGAUUGAUGUCCUAAUAAUUUGUGAAGUUCUUUGUACCAUGUGAUAAGCUGCACAUCAGGUUGCAUGGCAGCUUGUUUGUUGCUUUUAGGAUGUGCAUGUACCCGGGUGGAUCACAGAUACCAAUCAUAUAUUAUUAUUUUUACUCGUGUGUUUUUCUUGUGCC